GUUUCCUGCAUCUUCCAACUCUCUUUUUCUUUCUGUACACCACAAAUUUUCUCGCGAUCCAAACACGUUUCGUCGCUCAGAAAAUCCAAUCGAAUCCAAAAGAUGUCUUCGACAUUCAGCGGUGAUGAAACUGCUCCUUUCUUCGGCUUCCUCGGCGCCGCUGCUGCCCUCGUCUUCUCCUGUAUGGGAGCUGCGUAUGGGACAGCGAAGAGUGGUGUUGGAGUGGCGUCGAUGGGUGUGAUGAGGCCAGAACUGGUGAUGAAGUCGAUCGUUCCUGUUGUUAUGGCUGGAGUGUUAGGUAUUUAUGGAUUGAUCAUUGCUGUUAUCAUCAGCACUGGUAUUAACCCUAAGGCCAAGUCCUAUUACCUGUUUGAUGGUUAUGCUCAUCUUUCCUCUGGUCUCGCUUGUGGCCUCGCUGGCCUCUCUGCUGGAAUGGCGAUUGGGAUCGUCGGCAAUGCCGGUGUUAGAGCUAAUGCACGGCAGCCUCGCCUUCUCAUUUUCGAAGACAGUCGCUUCGAUCUCCCGUCUCUGGGCUUUUAAACCUACAGCAAAGAUGCAGAACGAAGAGGGACAAAACAUGGACCUUUACAUCCCUAGGAAAUGUUCCGCCACAAAUAGGUUAAUUACUGCAAAGGACCAUGCAUCUGUACAGCUUAAUGUUGGACAUUUGGA